GCGAAGUAUCGCAUCCCUCCACCUCCAGUUUCCCUCGCUGAAGUGAAGUUGACCGGGGUGUGAAUAUGUAAGAAUGUUAAUGACACCGUGCUUCUAAAUUUGGUAAACACAAGUCAUUACUUUCGCAUGUUAUCGGAUGAAGGGCAGAGGGAAAGCUGCCGCCUCCGCACUCUGAUUGCAGGUUGGCCGCGCUUCUCCCGCUCCCUUUACUGCUGGAGUGAUGGUGUAAGGUCGCAGCGAGCUGCUGCCCGCCGGAGCGGAGCCGAGCCCAGCCGAGGCGAAUCUCGGAUCGGCGGGCGGGCGGGCGUUUCUCCAACCCUCAGCCGAAUGUUCCACGUUGUUCCAUCGUUCGCCCUCUGGAAGGUCGGAGCUUGCUACUUUCGGCCGGAUCUCGUACAACUUGGCGACUUUUAAAUUAAGCAACUUGAAUGAGGCAACUCUGCUGAAAAAUUGAGACGGCUUUAGGGGAAAGAUAACAAAAUCCCAGCGCGAUGUAUCCUCAAGCCAGACAUCCAGCGCCUCACCAACCCGCACAGCCCUUUAAAUUCACCAUCUCCGAAUCGUGCGAUCGUAUCAAAGAAGAAUUUCAGUUUUUGCAGGCGCAGUAUCACAGUUUGAAAUUGGAAUGCGAAAAACUAGCCAGUGAAAAGACAGAAAUGCAACGCCACUAUGUCAUGUAUUAUGAAAUGUCUUACGGUCUGAAUAUAGAAAUGCACAAACAGGCUGAAAUUGUCAAGAGACUUAAUGCCAUCUGUGCCCAGGUCAUUCCUUUCUUGUCUCAGGAGCACCAACAGCAAGUGGUGCAGGCAGUGGAACGGGCCAAGCAAGUGACCAUGGCUGAGCUAAACGCCAUCAUCGGGGUACGUGGUCUUCAAAGUCUGCCCCUUACACAGCAGCAACUACAAGCUCAACAUCUAUCCCACGGUCAUGCACUUCCAGUACCCCUCACUCCGCACCCAUCUGGACUGCAGCCUCCAGGAAUCCCUUCUGUUGGAAGCAGUGCGGGACUACUGGCAUUAUCAAGUGCUAUGAAAGAUGAGAAAAAGCACCAUGAAACAGAUCAUCAAAGAGACAGAGACUCAGUAAAGAGUUCCUCAGUGUCUCCAUCAGCCAGUUUCAGAGCUGCUGAGAAGCACAGAGGUUCAAAUGACUACUCCUCAGAUAGUAAGAAGCAGAAAACAGAUGAUAAGGAGUUAGCAAAGCGUUAUGAUAGUGACGGAGAGAAGAGUGAUGACAACUUGGUGGUUGAUGUUUCCAAUGAGGACCCCACUUCACCAAGAGGUAGUCCACCUCACUCACCACGGGAAAAUGGUUUAGAUAAAUCUCGCCUCUUAAAAAAGGAUGCACCUAUAAGCCCAGCUUCCAUUGCUUCUUCUAGUAGUACUCCUUCUACAAAGUCCAAAGAAAUGAGUCUUAAUGAAAAAUCAACUACUCCUGUGCCAAAGUCCAACACUCCAACUCCACGAUCAGAUGCUUCAACUCCAGGAAGUAAUUCCACUCCAGGACUGAGGCCUAUCUCUGGCAAACCACCAGGAAUCGAUCCGAUAGGCUUGAGGACUCCUAUGGCAGUUCCAUGCCCUUAUCCUGCUCCUUUUGGAAUAGUGCCCCAUGCUGGUAUGAAUGGAGACCUAACGAGUCCAGGGACAUAUGCAGGUUUACAUAAUAUCUCCCCUCAGAUGAGUGCGGCAGCAGCUGCUGCAGCGGCGGCAGCUGCCUACAGUCGAUCUCCAGUGGUUGGAUUUGAUCCACAUCACAUACGUGUACCUGGCAUUCCACCAAACCUAAGUGGCAUUCCUGGAGGAAAACCCGCUUAUUCAUUUCAUGUAAGCGCUGAUGGACAGAUGCAACCUGUGCCUUUCCCUCCUGAUGCUCUGAUUGGACCAGGAAUUCCAAGACAUGCACGGCAAAUGAAUUCUCUGAGCCAUGGUGAAGUUGUGUGUGCAGUGACCAUCAGCAAUCCUACGAGACACGUGUACACUGGUGGAAAGGGAUGUGUGAAGGUCUGGGAUAUUAGUCACCCUGGGAACAAGAGCCCAGUCUCCCAGUUGGAUUGCCUGAACCGAGACAAUUACAUCCGAUCGUGCAAGUUGCUUCCUGAUGGACGCACUCUCAUUGUCGGUGGCGAAGCCAGCACGUUAUCCAUAUGGGAUUUGGCAGCUCCAACUCCACGUAUAAAGGCAGAGUUGACAUCUUCUGCUCCAGCCUGCUAUGCUUUAGCUAUCAGCCCUGACUCCAAGGUCUGUUUCUCCUGCUGUAGUGAUGGAAAUAUUGCUGUCUGGGAUCUGCACAACCAGACAUUGGUCAGGCAAUUCCAAGGUCACACAGAUGGAGCCAGCUGUAUUGACAUCUCAAAUGACGGCACCAAACUUUGGACGGGAGGUUUAGACAACACUGUAAGGUCCUGGGACCUCAGAGAAGGAAGGCAACUGCAGCAGCAUGACUUCACGUCCCAGAUCUUUUCUUUGGGAUACUGUCCGACUGGAGAGUGGCUUGCAGUUGGAAUGGAAAACAGCAAUGUAGAGGUUCUUCAUGUGACAAAACCAGACAAAUACCAAUUGCACCUCCAUGAGAGCUGUGUGCUAUCCCUUAAGUUUGCUCAUUGUGGUAAGUGGUUUGUAAGCACUGGGAAGGAUAAUCUGCUGAAUGCCUGGAGAACACCUUACGGAGCAAGCAUAUUUCAGUCUAAGGAGUCCUCAUCGGUGCUGAGCUGCGACAUCUCAGUGGAUGAUAAAUACAUUAUCACUGGCUCUGGAGACAAGAAGGCUACAGUCUAUGAAGUUAUUUAUUAGGAAUGGAGCCUGAACACAAAGAUACCUUUCACUAUAGCACUUUUGUUAGAUUUGCUCUUUAUGGCUGACUUUGCAAAACAAAGACUUCAACGUUCUUGUCAUUGUUUCUCAGCUCUGUGCUGUAUUUGAUCGUAAUUUCUGGACACUUCCGUCUGAUAUACAAAAGCCUCAAAAUCCAACUACGCUGAGCAGAGUGACAAGCUUCUUUUGCCAUUAUUUGAAUGAAGGACCAGAAGGUUUCAACUAUUUAUUUUUGUUUUUUCCAAGACUUUUUAUAAUCUUUGUUGAAAUGGAUUCAUUUCCUACAAGCUCUCUCAAAGCUUUGGUGAUAACUGUUUGAACACAGUUUCUGUUUGAAAAUGCGGAUGGAGGGCAUUGGUUCAUUUCCACCUUGAUUAGUAUUGUGUGUUUUAUUAUUUCUUCAUUUUAAUGCAGAAUUAGUGAGAUUUUUAAUAGGAGUAUCAAGUUACAGAGUAACAUCCUUAGAAUUUACCCAAACUGAAGUUAGUUGAUAUUAUGCCAAGACAAAAAAAAUACAAGACUGGUGAGUUACUUAAAUGAUUUGCUGUUGGUAUUGCUUUGGCAGAAGACAGACUUAAAUAAAACAAUACCACUUCAAAUCAUUUUCUAAGUAUUGUACAAAAUAAGGCAGAAGGUGCCCAUAGAAAAUGGGAAAAUCCACAAGCUGAGAAACGUGCUGAUUUGCUCAGGUGUUUUGCAUUAUGGAAAAACCACCAUUCAGAAAUAACUGAACUGCAAUUAUUUCAUAUUCACUGGAAAGCAAUUACCACAAAAGUGACCAGUCAAAUUCCUAUUCUUUUCAAACAAAAAUUCUUGAGCAGUUAAGAUGGUUCCCCAGAUCACUCCAUUAAAGAUUCUUGAAAUUUAAUUUUGUAAUGGAACACACAAUAAAAUGAAAUUAUUCUGAAUAAAAUUCCUAAAAUUAUCCAUUCUUUGUUGCAUCAGUCCCUCACACAUGCUCUCCCUGGUUUAAAGAUGGUCUGUAUUGUCUGUUCAUUUAUUUCAUCACUUGGAUCCUUUAAUUAUUCUUUGGCCUUCUACAUGUUCCUCAUUGCCCUUUCCACUCCCACUAUCAACAUGCAGGCUUUUAAAAUAUAUCCUUACUCCAUCCCUGGUACCAGCUCUGCUUUCCUAAUCUUGCCCCAGAUUCUUUGUGCCCUUCCAUCACUUCUCCUUUAAAUGCUCCUGAAAAUGUUCACAUCCUUGCAUAGUUGUGACUUUUCAGCCCUCUCUGAACCUGAAGAGUUCUAUCCAUUAUUUGAUGGGAAUUUUCUCUUUCUCUUUCCCUUUCUCUCUAACUUCAUUGUUUCAUUUACUGAGAGCAAAGUCAUGGAAGGUCAACUGGUGAUUUAUGAAAAAUAAUUUUUAUUUGCUAACUUAAAAGUCUAACAUUAUUGUAGAGUUGAGGAAAGGGAGAAAGUAAAGUUGACUGUAACUCAUUAUCUAAUAAGUAUAAUGAAGAUUGUAUAUUGUGAUAGGUGGAGGCUUUGUGCUUGGAUUUGAUGUUCAUAACGGGAGUCAUUUUUGGAUAUGAAAGUCAACUGAAUUUACAUCUAAUGCAUCAACACUAAUAUAGUGUGUUAUCUGUACCUGCACAAUAAUGGAAGAAUAAAGUGAGUUACAAUCAA